AUGCAACUCACUCCAAUAGAAAAAGCUGCUUCUGGUGCCUUGGCUUCGGCUAUUGCCAAUACAUUGGUAUAUCCAUUGGAUUUGAGUAAAGUGUUGAUUCAAACCCAAGUUAAAAAGAGACACCCCAAACCACAAGCAACCGAUAUCACCAGCUCGUCAUCUGAAUCUGACGAUAUGGAAGAUUCGGUAUUCAAACAAACCUUGACUCAAGACAACGAAUUAAAGUAUAAGAACACUAUUGACGUAUUACGACAAAUUUAUGCCAAGAAGGGGAUUUUAGGGUGGUAUCAUGGAUUAUUCUCGACUGUGGCCGGAACCGCAGCUCAGAACUUCUCCUACUUCUACUGGUACAGUAUUGUCAAGAAAGUAUAUGCUAAUUUAUACAAACACAUCCCCAACCACAAACCUAGCACAUUGAUGGAAUUAUUCCUCGGUGCCGUGGCCGCGGCCAUUUCCCAAUUGUUCACUAUGCCAAUUGGGGUAAUUACUACACAGCAACAAACCGAUAAGCAUCACAAGAACUUGAUUCAGUUAGUCAGAGAAAUAUUGGACCAAGAUGGUGUUACAGGGUUGUGGAGGGGAUUAAGAGUCUCUAUGGUGUUGUGUAUCAACCCGUCCAUCACUUAUGGAUCCUACGAAAGAUUAAAGCAAGUAUUAUAUGGAACCAAGGAAUUCUUGAACCCAUUGGAAAGUUUCUCCCUUGGUGUUUUGGCCAAAUCUAUGGCUACACUUGCCACUCAGCCAUUGAUUGUUUCCAAAGCCAUGAUUCAAAAGAAAUCCAAGCCAAAGAAGCACCAUAAUGAUGAAAAGCACCACGAGGAUGAAGAUGACGAAGAAGAUAUCAAAUUUGAUCAUUUCACCGACGCAUUAGCGCACUUGUGGCACACGGAAAAGUUCCAUGGGUUAUACAAAGGUAUUGCUCCACAAUUAUUGAAGGGGGUCUUUGUUCAAGGGUUGUUGUUUAUGUUCAAGGAUCAAAUUGAUAUGUUGUUUUUGUUUUUGUUGAGUUUGUUGAAGGGUAAGCCUAAGGCCAGACGUUAA